GAAUAAAAAAAGGGAAAAAGAUUCCAUAAUUGGUGAGGUGGAAGCAUCCUCUUUUGGUUCUGGGUACCUAUCUCCACCUCUUCACUCUUCUUCUCCUUGGCUUCCAUUCCAUUCCAUUCCUCCUUUUUCUCUCUACAAAGCUUGCUUCUUUUCUUUCAAACCCCAUUACAACUCACAACUCCUUCAUCUCUCUCACUCACAUUUUCCCUCGGUCAAAGAAUGACGGAACCGGCUUCCAAACCCAACGGAAACGGCGCAAUUAACGGAACCGCCGCAGCCCCAGCGGUUAACGGCAACCAAGGCCCAGUCAAAUCCCAGCUCUACAACCCCAACCGCCAAGUCUAUCGCCCACAGUCGCACUACCACCGCCGGCACCGCUCCGGUCGCAGCAUCUGCUGCUGCUGCUGCUUCUGGACAAUCCUCAUCAUCCUCGCCGCCGCACUCCUCGCCGCAAUCGUAGGCGCCGCACUCUACGUUCUUUACCGGCCACACCAGCCGCAAUUCUCCAUCACCAACCUCCGCAUUGCGAGGAUGAACCUAACAACCUCCACUGACUCGCCGUCACACCUGACCACACUCUUCAACCUCACUCUCAUCGCAAAGAACCCUAACAACCACCUUGUGUUCUUCUACGAUCCGUUCACCGUGACGGCGCUGUCAGAUUCCGUUUUCAUUGGGAACGGGUCGCUAACAGCGUUUGAGUCCGACAAGAACAACCAGACGAGCUUGAGGGCGGUGGUGUCGGGGUCACAGGAUCUGGACACGGAGUCGCUGAGCACCAUGAGAUCGGCACUGAAGAAGAAGAAGGGGUUCCCGGUGGUGAUUCAGAUGGACACCAAGGUGAAGAUGAGAAUGGAGUGGCUCAAGAGCAAGAAGGUUGGCAUCAGAGUCACCUGCGAUGGGAUCAGGGGCACCGUCCCCGCCGGCAAGUCGCCGGCUGUUGCUUCCGUCAUCGACUCCCAGUGUAAGGUUGAUCUCAGAAUCAAGAUCUGGAAGUUCUCUUUUUAGUUUUCCUUCAAAUUUUUAUAAACUAAAAAAAACCAAGUGUUUAAUUUGAUUGGUUUCAUUAUUAUUGGUGAUUCGUUGUUAUGAGUAAUCAAUCCAAUCAUCAAUGUCCCUAUUUUUCUUUUAUAAUUUUAAAAUUAUUCUUUUUGUUGUCAUAA